UCCAAACACACCUAAAUAACUCUGCAAAACCUCCCCCAACACCCUGUCCUUAAACCCUAUUAAUUCUCCAAAGCCCUACAUGUUCAACAAUCUUUCUUCACUCUUCAAUGGACGAACUCAGCUCACACUCCGGUGAUAAAGUUGCAGUUAUGUUGGAUGAUGAUGAUGAGAGUGAGGUGGAGAUAGAAGAAACACCAAAACUUGUUUUCAAAGCUAGCCAUGAAGUUAAACUUAAAGAACUGCUGCAUAGUUUAAACACCAUAGAAAUUAAGAUAUGUUCACAUGCUGCAAAGGAGUUUAUUAAACUUCUGAAAGGAGAUUCUGGAGGUGAAUUGUUGAGGUUGUAUGUACACACGUCUAAUAGUUUCUCGGAGCUUAUGGAAGCAUGGAAGCUUCGACAAGGAAAGCCGGGAAUGUCAUAUAUUUUUUCAUUAAUAUGUGCUAUUCUUAGUCAUCCUCAUGGAUUGUAUAAACCAAACGAUAAGGAGAGAGUUGGUACUAGUAGGGCUAUUGACAAGUUCGCUAGAAUGAUAAUUGAUGAAAAGAUGGGUGAUGUAUAUAAGGAAUUGAUUAGUAAAGAAGGGAAGCGCCAGAAUGCUUCACUUUUGCUAAUGGCUUCAAUUGUCAGGCGUGGUUCAGGGUUGGCUUCUGAGGUUGCAAAAAACUUUGAUUUCAAGCUUCCAGUAUUUUCCAAGCUUUCGGAGUAUAAACAGAAGGGGGGUGACAAGAAAAGAAAGCACUUGACAAGGAAGUCAUUUGUUAGGUUUGCGAUGUCGUUUUUGGAGGUGGGGAAGCCAGGCUUGUUGAGAUGGAUCUUGCAGCAGAGAGAAAUGUUUUCUGGUGUGCUUCGCGGGCUUGGGAAUGAUGAAGUUGAGAUUGUUAUUUAUGUUUUGUCUACCUUACAGAAUAGGGUCUUGACGGAAGAGUCAUUGGUGCCCCCAGGUCUCCGGAGUGUUCUAUUUGGAAGUGUUACUUUAGAACAGUUAGUCAGCAUCUGUGGGAGAGAGAAUGGUGGUGCUGCUGCUGCAGAGUUGGCAUACCGUGUUCUAGUAAUGGUUUGUACUGAUCCUUGCAAUGGCUUGAUGCCAGACUUGAAGAGACGCCCAAAUCCAUUAAGGGGUAAUCCGAAGAGAUUACUGGGGCUUAUGAAGAAGCUAAAAGCGACAGAGAUAAGCUAUCACAGAGACUUGCUUUUGGCAAUACUUCAAGGCAAACCAUCCCUAGGUUCAGCAUACAUGGAUGAAUUCCCUUACAACCUUGAAGAUUAUUCGUCUCCUACCUGGUUUGCUAAUGUUUCUCUGGCAGCAAACUUGGUUUCCACAGUGGGCAUGGGCUUUUCAUUUGAUUUCCUUGAUUCUCAGUUCCAUGAUCCACCUUCUUUUAAUGAUGUUAAUGUGCAGAGUGUCUUGAAUUGCAUAUGUCCUCGUCCAUUCAGCCGAUCCGUAAUCAAUAAGGGAUUGCUUCAUUCUGAUUUUCUUGUGAAGCAUGGAACUCUAAGGCUUCUUUUGGAGGCACUGAAGUUGUUAGAUUCCUUCAUAAGUGUUUUACAUCGUAGUUCUUGUUCUAGCAAUCAAAUGAUGCAGAGUUGGACAUCUCUUAUUCAAGAAGUUCAGAAUGCAGUCCGAAUUUUGCUGCCUGAUCCACAAGUUUUACUUACUCUAUUUUCUCUACAAAGUAGUCAAAAUAGAACUUUUGACUCACAUUCCAAGAGAAAAGCAGAAUCAUCAUAUCUUCUUGAAUGCAGCAACAAAGAUGCGAAGAAAAUGAAAACAGAUGUUAUGGAUGAGGAUACAGAUAUUAUUGUGGGUGGGAUAAAUUCUGAUCCUCAAAUUGAUCCAUCUAAGGACAGGGAAAGAAUGGUAGACACACUAAAAACAGAUGAGUUGGACCAUGAAAAAGAUUUUAUGAAUGUAAUUUCUGAAAUUUGGGGUUUGGACCAAUGCUCUGGGCCUGUUGCUCUGAGUGAUGCAGACAUUAUCUUCCUCUCUAAGCUUCUUGAUGCUCUUAAAAUUUAUAUUCGAAUGAUGCCCACAGUGUUGGAGGGAUCAUUUGAUUUUUUUGUGAAUCUUCUGAGUGAUCCUUUAGCUGUAACAACUAAUCUGCAGAGUUCUCUUCUUUCUCUCUUAGUCGAAUAUAUUGAAUGCUCUCCAAGGAGUGGGCUUCCAAUCAGAGCCCCACCAUUGAUGUACAAACAUCUGCAGUCAUUUAUUAACUUGUUAAUUUUUUCACCAAUCAGUGAGAUAAAGGAUCACGCAUUUAAUCUGGCACAAGCAGCCGUGUUCAGAACUGGUGCAUUUGACAGAAACAUACAUGAAAUUAGUGCAUGGUUCUUGUUUUUGCCUGGUUAUAGUAGAAAUAAAUGCUACACUGAGGAACAAGGGGUAGUGGUGCUGCAGAGCUUGUCUCGAGUUGUUAUCUCAUUCCUCUGUGAUGCCAUUUCUACGGUAGGGAAUAAUUUAUUCAAAUAUUGGGCUAUUGUUGAGAAACAUACUAUCCAUUUGAAAAGUUUUAAAGGUGUUUCACCUGAUUUCAGCCCCCUUAUCGUAUGUGUGCUGCAGAAGUGUCUAAGAAUUCUCAAUUCUGAAUCUGGAACAUUUUCAUUGCCUGAGAAGUCUAUGAUUUCGUUAUACGUGAGCAAUACAUUGAAAUAUCUCUUGCAAACUCAGGUAGAUGUGGUAUCAUUAUCUGCUUUGAUUGAAUCAAAUUUGUCUGAGGGACUAUUGGAUCGCCGUUCUAUAGAUGAUGACUCUGGGGAUUGCUUAUGUGAGUGGAGGCCCUUGAAGAAUUUGUUACUUUUUUCACAAAGUAUAUCACAUCAACAGACUUGUUGCAUGUUUUCUAUUGACAAAAAAGUUAUGCCUUCUGAUAACUCUUUUUCAAAUACACUUGGUGAAGUAAAAAAAAUUGUAAGCUGUGGGCACAGUGUUGAAAUAGCUGGCAUUAUCAAAGCCUUCUCUUCUACAAUGUUGUGUAUGUCACCUGAUGAAUUAUUGAAGAAUUUUCCAUCAGUGAUGGCCAUUUCUCAGAAUCUUCUUGGAGUUCCAUUCUCCUUAUUAACAUCAAUAAUCUUUCUUGAUUCAAGCUUUCUUGCCAGUGUUUCUAAAAUGUGGCCUGAAAUUUUUUUCCCUGGUCUGGAAAAGGCAAUCACCAGGAUUUAUCAUGAAGUCGGAAAAGUUGAUGCCUGUGGAAUUGCCUCUCAUUCUUUAUUAGCUGAAGAAAUGCAGUGUGACAUUGACUUUGAGGCAACUGAGUCUGCUGCUGGUGCAUUUAGUUUCUUUCUGAAGCAGGCACCUUUCCAUGUGUUAUUUCCUGCAAUUAUGAGAGUUGAUGUUCUUAACCUAUUGGAGCCCUUGAAAAUAAAAGACUUGCUUUUGGCUAAAGUAUCAGAGUGGACAAGUGAUUGCCUCAUUCCCUAUCUGCGACUUGUGCUAUUUUGGCUUCAUCAGAUACAAUUAUCUUAUAAAACUGAAUCUAUUGCAGAACUUCAGCAACUUUCUGAAAUUUGCUUAAUUUUUGUAAAGCAUGUUUUUGCUCAAUUUUCUGGAUGUUCCACGGAUGCUGGGUUUCAUUUGUCAGCAGAGAAAGUUCAAGAAAUGGCUGAAACAGUAUUCCACCAUCCUGUAGUGUUAGCUUCAUUGACCUUUCCUUUGAGCUGUACUGAGGAACUGACAAAGGGAAAUUUAGGGCACAGUUUUGAGACUUUGUUGAUUUUAUCUCAGGAAAAAGUUCAUAAAAUAGAUCAUCAUGUCCUAGAUGUGUUGACAACAACUUCUGACUUCUUGCUGUCUUCAUUCACUGGCCAAGACUCUAUACUCAAAGUUGAAGGUGGUCUGAACAAGCCACUUGUUAAGGCUUUCAAUGCCCUGGUACAAAGGCUUUUUCUGGAACUUAGAGACAAGUUUGAAUUUUGCAUUGCAACUAAAGAUGUAUUACCCCUCCUUCCAAAAUUUUAUGCUUUACAUGCUUUGAUAAGGUUUAUAUCGCCUUUUGAACUUCUUGAAUUAGUACAUUGGAUGUUUGGUAGAGUUAACAUGAAAGAUCUUUCCCUUUGCAAAUCUUGGGAUGUGUCUAUUCUUUCUGUUGGAUUUUGCAUUGCUGGUGGUGCUUUUGAAGCUCUGUCUAAUUACUUUCAGCAGCCGAUUAUGAAGAGAGUAUUGUAUGAUUUGCUUUGGGACAUUGAAGAGAGAACUUUUGAUGUGAACUGUGUCGAGGAAAUCUAUGUUGAAGUAUGCAAGUUUGCGACUAAUUUUGAUUCAUAUAUUGCAGAUACUUGUUUGCUCAAAGCGGUUAAAGCCAUUUACAGUCAGAAUUAUCUGCAGCACAAUUAUCUUCAUCCAUUGUGCUUGGUAAUUUCAAGGAUCAUAAUGAGGACUCCUAUAAGAAUGAUAUCUCACUGUGUUCGCAGGACAAACAUGACGAAAGCUAAACUUCUGUUUCUAAUCACCAAGAUGAGCUCUCUGCAUUUAUUGGUAUUUGGGAACUUACUUUUAGGUAUUGUGAACAAGGAUUCACUUGUUACCAGCAAUCUGAUGGGAACCCAUGACUAUGCUCUUUCAGAUGAGGACUUCAUAAUUCUUUUGCCUGCCACGUUAUCAUACUUGGAUUCUAAUUUUAUGAGGUUCGAAAAGCGGUAUCACAGUCAUUUUACAAGUUUAACUUCUUAUUAUUCGAGGAUUCUGUUUAAUGGUUUCCGUAAUUGGAAGAGUUUUGUGUCUGGAUUUCUGUUUCAGGAAGAAUAUGAUGAGUUCUUCCCAUCAUCUGCUGAAGAACUUCUCAAUUUUGUUGAUGAUAGUCUUCUUGGAAAAACUAUCCAUAUGUUGCGAUAUCACUUUGCCUUAAGCAGAGACUCACUGAAAACAAAGAAAUUAAUGAAGCUUUUCAAUUCCAUUUUUCCAUGUUCUGGUGCACAUAAUGAGCUACUAGACUGUGAUGUUAAUGAAUUGAAAUUUAACUCGGUUGAUGAAACAUUAAACCUUAUUAAUAGAGUUGUUGCUAAAAUAUCACUUUCUAGGAUGCUGUUAUUUCCAGAAGAUAAUCAGGUUUCCUCUUUGCAAAUGGAAGUGGAUGAGAGCUCAAAGGAGUUUUCUAUUAAACCAGGAUACGAUGAGCAAAAAUCAUCAAGAAUGCGGUUUAUGAAUAUUUUGGUGGGUACUUGGCAAUGGAUGGUUAAGAAAUUACCCCCAGUCUCUGACAGUUCGAGGAAAAAGAAGAGCAGAGAUUGUUUGUUAUUGUAUAAAUACUUGGAAGUAUUCAUAUUGAAAAGUAUUCUUGAAUUAACCACAAUGAUGCUUGAUGGUCUUAUUGAAAUGCAAUCGCUUCCCUUCCUAGAACAAUUGAUCAGAUCGUCUCUUUUCUAUAGGUUUGAGGAUGCUGCAACACUGAAAAUGCUUCAGAGCAUCAUAACUUCACUGCUGGAGGGAAAAUUCUCACGUGCCCCAUGUCUUCAAUUGCUGCUUGCUCAUUCCCACUUUGCCCCUGCCAUUCAGUCUGUCUGUAUGCCAUCUAUGGCUGUGACUGGUGUACUUUUGAGGCCAAUGUCCAGUAUUCUGAGAUUGCUUGUUAUUUCUCAUUCUAAUCCAAAUGCCAUUAAUGAGAAGAAGGAUCUGGAAACAACUGAGCAGCUUGUGAAUAAGUUGGAAAUUGUUAAGUUACUUAGAACACUCCUUCAAUCUAAGACCCAACUUUGUGGUUCUGAUUUUGGCAAAGAUACGGGUAUAAAUCUUAGAGAAUUGCAUUCGUUACUUUUGUCUUCUUAUGGUGCUACCCUCAGAGAUAUUGACUUGGAGAUGUUCAAUAUUAUGCGUGAGAUCGAGCUUUUUGAUAAAUCUGACAGUGAAGUAGCUUGGUUGGAUUACCUCUGGGGAAGUGCUGCAGUAAAAGUAAGAAAAGAACAGGCUCUGGAGCAGGAUACAUCUUGGAAUAUCAUGACUGAUACCGAAGCAGUUAAAGAACGUCGAAGAAGUCAAUUUAGAGAAAACCUUCCCAUUGACCCCAAAAUAUGUGCCAUGACAGUUCUAUAUUUUCCCUAUGAUAGAACUGGUGGUGAUGAACUUUCUUCUUCAAACAAGCCUCAAGUGGAUAACCUUAAGAACAUGUAUGAGACGCAUCCUCCUGGCCUUGAAAGUAUUCAAAGAUAUGAUCCUGUUUUCAUCUUACAUUUCUCAAUUCAUAGUUUAUCAGCGGGUUUCAUAGAACCUGCAGAGUUUGCUGGUUUAGGCUUGCUUGCAGUUGCGUUUGCUAGUAUGUCUUCGCCUGAUUUGGGGAUGAGAAAGUUGGGUUAUGAAACUCUUGGGAGAUUUAAGAAUGCACUGGAGAAGUGUCAAAAGAAAAAGGAUGUAAUGCAACUUCGGCUUCUGUUGACAUACAUACAAAAUGGAAUAGAAGAACCCUGGCAGAGAAUCCCUUCUGUCAUAGCUAUUUUUGCUGCCGAGGUAUCUCUGUUACUGUUGGAUUCUUCGCAUGAACAUUAUGCAACCUUAAGUAAGCUUUUGAUGCGAUCUUCAAGGGUGAAUAUGAAGUGCAUACCUUUUUUCCAUGAUUUUUUCUUGAGCAGUUCUAUUAAUUUCAGAGCGGAGAGGCUGUGGAUACUUCGUCUUGUAUAUGCAGGGCUGAAUUUUGAUGAUGAUGCUCAAAUAUAUAUCAGGAACUCCAUACUUGAGAUUCUACUCAGUUUUUAUGCCUCUCCUCUGUCAGACAACGAAUCAAAGGAACUAAUUCUUCUGAUAGUGAGGAAGUCAGUUAAAUUGCACAAAUUGGCUUGUUACCUAGUUGAACAUUGUGGCUUGAUUUCUUGGUUAUCAGCUCUUCUCUCAAAUAUUAGUGGGAUGCUACUUGGAGAUGAAAAAUGGUUUUUCUUGGCACAGUUGGUUGUGAUCACAGAGGUUGUCAACAAUGUUCUUUCAUCCAGAAACAUCACUGAGUGGCUGCAAACACAUGCCCUUGAACAGCUAAUGGAACUUUCAUCUCUUCUGUUCAAACUCUUAGUUGCUGGGGCGAAGUUGAUCAGGGAAAAUGCUUCAUUGGUUAAAUCAAUAUUACAGAUAUUGAUAUCAACUCUGAAUAUAUCACAGAAAAGGAAACUAUACCAGCCACAUUUGACACUAUCACUUGAGAGCUUUUUUCAAAUUUAUCAGACAGUCAACGUGUAUAAUACUGCAAGAUCUAGUGCAAAUGCAGAGCUUGGGCUUAAAGCUAUACUUAUGAGCACACCUCCAGUUGACAUUUUUCAUACGGACCGAGGAAAGCUUUCAAGCUUUCUUAUGUGGGCAAUUUCUUCUGCUGUCAAGUCCAGCUCUGGACAAAUGCAUCAGCUUGGAAAAUUCCGUCAGCAUUUUGCGAGCAUGCCAGAGGAGGCACCAUAUGAGGAGUCUUUGAUAUCAAAACUUCUGCGUUGGCUAAUUGCUUUUGUAAUUCUAGGGAAGCUUUCUUGGAAACAUGAUGAUUUUAAUUCCAAGAUUUCAAAAAAGUCACACAAAACUUUGCAUUCUUUACUGGAGAGUGUUGAAAAAGGAUGUGAAGGAGUCAACAAAAGUAGAUUGGAAUGUGAAGAGAUAUUGGCUGCCGCUAUCUUUUACCUUCAACAGCUUCUUGGCGUGCAUUGUACAGUGCUUUCUUCUGUUAUGUCUGCACUCUCUCUCCUACUCUAUGAUGACUUGGAAUGUGCAGGAUCUAGUUUUAAGCUUCUCCAGCAUCCUUCCAUGGCAUCACUGUGUUCAAGCAUACGUUGUCCUGCUGAAGCAAAUCCUUCUUGGAGAUGGUAACACAUCAUGUCUUUGAUACUCCCCUUUUCCUUUAAUUUCUUUUAAUGCACAGAUAGGAUCGAUAAUCAUUGUUUGAAAAAUCCAUGUUUGGUUAAAUACUUGUCCAUAUUU